AUGGAGCCGAGCGGCGGCAGCGGCGCGGGAGCCGGGGCGCAGGGGCCGGCGCGGGGCUCCCCGCUCCACGGGAAGAUGGCCGAGCCGAACGCGGCGCGGACCUCGCCGCCCAACCACCGCUUCUCAGGCAUGGAGGGGUUCUUAAGAUGUGAUGAGAGACAAAGGCUAGCCAAGGAAAGACGCGAAGAAAGGGAGAAGUUUAUGGCUGCCAGAGAGCAACAGUUCCUGGAGAAGCAGAAAAGAGCCAAAAUCCAGUACGAGAAGCAGAUGGAGGAACGCUGGCGCAAACUAGAGGAGCAGCGGCGCCGGGAGAACCAGAAGAGGGCUGCCGUGGAAGAGAAGAGGAGGCAGAAGCUCCGGGAGGAUGGGGAGCGGCUGGAGGCUAUGCUGCGCAGGUCCCUGGAGCGCUCACAGCAGCUGGAGCUGAAGAAGAGGUACUCCUGGGGAGGAGCUACGGCAUCUCCGGCAGUCUGGGGAGGAGCCUCGCCAGCAAGCUGGGGUGGAGCAUCCCAGGCAGUCAGUGCCGGGCCUGGAGGACUUGAAGCAUAUGAGAAACUUUCGACAUCAAGUGUGAAUUUACCAAAGCAGAUGGACUCUCCUAUAAGUAAGCGGCUGUCUUCAUCCAGCGCAGCGAUAUCUCUUUCUCCGGAGCGAGCUCCUUGCAUGCCAGGUACUCCGCCCGAGAACUUAGCUGUUUCGCGACUGUUGGUGCCCACACAGGCUUCUUUAUCCAGAAGCAGGAGUACAGUCUUACUCCCUGAGCAGUCCGGUGAUCCAGUCUUUAACCUCUGCCCUCGUAUAGCUACUGGCAGCCCUGCUCAGUGCUCUUACAAGUCUUCGCCGACUCGGACCAUGGAGAAGAAGAAGUCCUCAUCCGCAGCUAGCAGAGUGGAUAGCGGCAAAGGGACCCCUCCAGGAGCGGAGGCCUCCCGGAUGGAGAAGAUGAAGAGGGGGUCGCAAGUAACCACUGCUCUUUCCAACUCGAGCCCCGGGUCUCCUGUGAAAAGAUACAAUUUUCCCUCAAGUCUUUCUAAGAGGUCCUCUUCUCCUGUGGCAUCCAGAGCCACUGGCAAAGGAUCCCCACUGUCUCCGAAGAAUGUGAAGGUGCCAUACCCGGAGUCUGCUGUGCAGUGCCGCUUACCCAGCCAGGAGACGCCUAAGAAGAAGGCAGACAAAGAAAAGAGCAACAAGGAGCGGGAAGGGGCCCUGGCUCAGCUGGCGGCUGGCCAGCUCCGGGUGGACGCCUCGGAGAAGCGCCUGGUGGAGAAGUAUGCCUUCGAGAAGACCGUGGCUGCAGGAGGGAAGGGCGAGAGCGGCGCAGCCUCAGGGAAGCCUAGUGCAGGUACCAUCAAUGCAGGCGAGGCUGCAAAGAUCCUGUCAGAAAAGAGGCGCCAGGUCCGGCUGGAGAAGGAACAGAAGGAACAGGAGAGGCUGGAAAAGAUGGAACAAGACAGGCUGGAGAGAGAGGAACAGGACAAAAAGGCAGAGGAGGAAAGACUUCGCCUAGAAGAGGAAGCCUGUAAGCAGGAAGAGGAAAAGAAGAAGCAGGAAGAGGAAAAGAAGCAGCAGGAAGAGGAAAAGAAAAGACUGGAGGAAGAGGAGGCCAAGAGAAAGGCCAAAGAGGAGCAGCUGUUGAAAGAAGAACAAGAAAAGGAAAAACAAGAAAAAGAAAAGCAAGAAAAAGCCAUGAUUAUAAAGCAGAAGGAAGCAGCAGAAGCAAAAGCCCAGGAGGCAGCUAAGCAGAUGCGUCUAGAGAGAGAGCAAAUCAUGCUGCAGAUUGAACAGGAGCGACUGGAGAGGAAGAAGAGAAUAGAUGAAAUCAUGAAGAGAACAAGAAAGAGUGACGUGUCUCUGGAAGUGAAGAAAGAAGACCUGAAAAUAGAGCUCAAGCCUGCUGUGUGUAUGGAAAACAAGCCAGAACCAGUUGUCCCGAACAAAAUGGAAAUCAAUGGAUUGAGCACCUGCCAGGAAGUUGGCAGUGUGGAGCGCGCUGCCCCAGCAACUUUCCCCCGAGACAGUGUCUCCGGUGGGCUUAAGCCAGUUGAGGCACUUGUUCAUCUGGAUGCCCUGGAUGGGAAAUCAAACAGUCUGGAUGACUCAACUGAAGAAGUCCAGUCGAUGGAUGUGAGUCCUGUUUCAAAAGAAGAGCUUAUCUCCAUCCCAGAAUUUUCACCAGUGAGUGAAAUGAUUCCUGGGAUGUCUCUGGACCCAAAUGGAACUGGUAAUGCCCGAGCUCUUCAAGAUCUCUUAGAUUUCACCGGCCCCCCCAUGUUCCCCAAGAGAUCCAGUGAAAAUCUCAGCCUGGAUGACUGUAACAAAAACCUGAUCGAAGGAUUUAACAGUCCCAGCCAAGAAAGUACUCUGAACACCUUCUGUUGA